UGUAGCAGCACAAGCGACCAGAGAGAGUAAAUGGUAGGUGUAGGGCCAGUACAGCUAGGACGGAGUCGUUCUCAAAAUCCGACUUCAUCCUUUUUUAAACAAGUUAUUUUCAGGGUAAAACUUACGGGAGCAUAAAGUUCACACUUUACUCUUUUUAGCGAGCCUAGUAUUUUGAUGGUCACCGAUUCGUAAUGUUAUAAAACGACUGGUGAAAGCGGGUAGCUUACUGUGAAGGGAAUUAGCAGGAUAGCAAGCUGUAUAAGGGGAUUCUGGCUGGGAGAGACGGAAGAAUAGACGGAUAACAAAGGACACAUUUCCGUUGGCUUCCUGGCUUUUACCGAACAAAUAUAAUUUAAAUAUCUCCCGUUAAAGCUAGCCUUAUUGCUAGCUUUGUUAUUUAGUCAUUUAUCAUGGAAUUGAGAGUAGGAAACCGAUACAGACUGGGAAGGAAGAUUGGCUCUGGAUCCUUUGGUGACAUUUAUUUGGACACACAGAAUGAGUCACACCAAACUUUUACUCAACAUGCAGUGAAAGGCUAAACUUCUUCGCCACUACACUACUCAAUCACUGGUGGCACAGACAUCUCUGUGGGAGAAGAAGUAGCCAUCAAGCUAGAAUGUGUGAAAACAAAGCACCCACAGCUGCACAUCGAGAGCAAGAUCUACAAGAUGAUGCAAGGAGGCGUCGGUAUACCAACAAUCAAAUGGUGUGGAGCAGAGGGAGAUUACAAUGUGAUGGUGAUGGAGCUGCUGGGACCCAGUCUGGAGGAUCUCUUCAACUUCUGCUCUCGCAAGUUCAGCCUUAAGACUGUUCUUCUGCUGGCUGACCAGAUGAUCAGCCGUAUCGAGUACAUCCACUCCAAGAACUUCAUCCACAGAGACGUCAAGCCCGACAACUUCCUUAUGGGCCUGGGGAAAAAGGGCAACCUUGUUUACAUCAUUGACUUUGGCCUGGCCAAGAAGUACAGAGAUGCUCGCACCCACCAGCACAUUCCUUACCGCGAGAACAAAAAUUUGACUGGAACUGCUCGCUACGCUUCCAUCAACACCCACUUGGGAAUAGAGCAAUCCAGACGAGAUGACUUGGAGUCUCUUGGCUAUGUGCUCAUGUACUUCAACCUGGGCUCUUUGCCAUGGCAGGGUCUAAAGGCAGCCACAAAGAGACAGAAGUAUGAGCGUAUCAGUGAGAAGAAAAUGUCCACUCCCAUUGAAGUCCUCUGCAAAGGAUACCCAUCUGAGUUUGCCACGUACCUCAACUUUUGCCGCUCUCUUCGCUUUGAUGACAAGCCCGAUUACUCUUACCUGAGACAGCUCUUCAGGAACCUUUUUCACAGACAAGGCUUUUCAUACGACUACGUUUUUGACUGGAACAUGCUCAAAUUCGGUGCAAACAGAGCAGCAGAAGAUCCAGAGAGAGAGCGAAGAGAUCGGGAGGAAAGAUUGCGGCAUGGGCGGAAUCCUGCUGCCCGUGGCAUGAUGCCUUCCGGCUCAGGUAGACCCAGAGGAACACAAGAAGUAGCACCGCCCACACCCCUCACGCCAACCUCACACACAGGAAUGGAACGAGAGAGGAAAGUCAGUAUGAGAUUGCACCGCGGUGCCCCCGUCAACAUUUCCUCCUCUGAUCUAACUGGCCGACAGGACACCUCACGCAUGUCCACAACACAGGCUCUUUCUCGUGUCACUCCAAGUGGCCUGCAGUCUGCAGUCCCUCGAUGAGACCCUACGCUCUCCUCCAGAGCAGACCAACAGCCCUGAUCUGCACUAGGACUUCUCCAGCAGCCUCUAACCAUGUGAAAUCAACCUCAGCAAAUCAAAUCUAAUCAGAAAUUCUUUCAUCCUUCCUCUCAAAAUUAAAUACACUCGAGAGUCACGCAAACUCAAGAAAUUGAAAAAUGUUUUUUUUUUUUUUUUUUGGCACUCCACACUCAAACAUGUUCACACCUACACAUGCACACAACUCAAAAGACACCAAGGCACAUGAAUUGUGCUUUUUAACAUCGCUGUGGCGAGAUGGGAGGGACGGAACAGGCAGGGUGGGGGGGCUUGAUACUUUGGCCAUCGCUGCCUUUGCCCCGAUACACCAGGAGGAGAGGGCCAACCUCCUGCCAUUCAGGGGCCUCUUCACAAACAGAGCGUUUUGGCUGAAGCCACGUGCAACUGCUCUGAUACUGCGGCUCACCCUCUCCUGUUGCAAAAAAUUACUUUGACACAGCUUGGAAUGCAGCUGUACUGAUAGCCAUUGACAUUUUGCUUACCAUUAACCUUUUUAUUUGGCCUUUCGCUUGUAUACAACAGAUUAAAUUGAUUUCACACUGGCUUCAGUCUUUUGCAGGUGAAUUUUUUUUUAACAGCAUUAAAAAGCUUACUGAAACUGACAUGCAGAAUUAAAUGGAUUUGAAAGCCUGUUAAGAUUGUGGCAGGAUGAAGGCAAUGUCCUUUUUAUGUCUUUUUCUAGUUUAUUAUGUGGAAGGCCAGACUAAGAAACAUACAGCAAAAUAAAGGUUUGUAAAAGGCACCACAAUACCACCUUCGUACUAUUACACAUUUUAAGAUGACAUUUUUUAGUUUUCUUUGCAUCAAACAAUCUGGCCCUCUUUAACUCAACUUGCUCAUUGAUUUUAUUGCGUUCCUGUAAGCUUUUCAUUUGUUUCUUGAAAGCUGUGAAAUGCCUGUACUGUAGAGAUAUUGAUGUUAUUAAUGUUGCUGUUUGUUUCUUUUUACCCCCCAAACUAAGGUUAGUGGUUUUACAACAAUGUGGGUGCAUAUAUGGUUGGAUUAAGACUGUUGGACAGUGUCCACAUUCACUAAAGUACAUUUAUAGUAGGACUUCUAUAAUGAGAAAAAGGGCUUCAUCUUUCCAAAGGAGGGUAUGAACAUUGUAUUAACAUUUGUUCUAACCUGAGAGACUUGGGCAUAAGUUGAGACAGACUUAUUUGUUUAAAUGUGCAUUUGGAUCCAGAAAUGGAUGUCUCGAGCCCAGCUUGUCUCAUUUGAGGGUACACCAGCAAUCAUUGAAGCCAUGCCUGAUUGAUUUUCUUUUGACUGACACUUUUUGAAAUUGAGAUGCAAGUUUUUCUUUUUCCAACUUUAUUUUCAAAGUAUUACAGAUGCUUUUAGUACAUUUCUCUUGUUUCAGAAGUGUGGUUUCUUGACUUACUGGUGCUACAAGUCACAGAGGAAGUGGAUGGCAGCCUGCCUUUCCAUAUCAUUCAGCAUAGUAGAGCAUAGGCUUAUUCUGUAGUCAUGGGGUGGGGGGGACUAGUGGUGAAACUCUUAAAUUCUGUUGUCAUGUGUAUAUAGGAUGUUUCUAGUGAUGGCAAAGUACCAUUUUUCAUAGCCACUGUCUGUGUGUGUGUAUGUGUGUGUGUAUUGUGAGUAUGGGGAAAUGGCUAGUGCUUAGAGAGGUGAGAGGGACUUUGUUCCGUUCUAGAUUUGCUAAGUUAGUAUUUUUUCUCUUCACUGGUGGUCUCACAGAAAUAGUUGCUCCAGUACUUGUUUAAGUUUAGGCACAAGUGCACUCUUGUCUGGGAUCGACUGAUUAUGGAUUUCUCUGUUUCAUUUUCUGGUUCAUUCUACACAUGACUGCUUGGCCAGUCCUGCUUCACACAAGCAUUACACUGUGCUGUAUCAGGUGGAAUUAUGGAAAUCUUCCUUCCCUGGGGGAUUUUAUUUUCCUCAUUUGUAUUGCCACUGUAUUUGUGUAUUUUAAAAUGUGUAAAUAAAUUAAGUACUUGUAA